AUGGCGGGCGACACGAUGGUGGAGCUCACCAACGUGCUCACCGGGGUGCCCUUCGACUCGCCAGUGCUUUGCCCACGUGGCCGCGUGAAAUACUGGCUGAUCCUGGAAGGGUACCACUACAAAGUCCCGUGCCUCAAGCGGAAGACAAUGAAGGACCUUGGCUGGCCAAAUCGACUACCCGCACUGCGGUUACAGCUGCAUCGAGACAGGACGGCACAGCUCUUCGCAGCUGUUCGUGUGGGCAACGAGGCCAAGAUCAGACAGCUUCUGAGUCGUUGUGAAGAUCCGGACGCGAUCCAGGACUAUGCUCCCCCGAACGGUCUUGGAUUGCUGCUUCGGCAAUUUCGCUUCUUUUUCUUCGAGAACGACAGAGGAUACAGAAAUCGAUCGGACCAGCGAACAGCUCUCAUUCUGGCCGUGGAGGCAGGUGAAGUGGAAGCAACGAGGUUACUCUUGAAGCUCGGCGCGAAUCCCAACACGGCCCUUGAGGAUGGCUGGUCGGGACUCCAUGAGGCGGCAGCCAGCGGCAGUGUGGAGAUGACGACCGUGCUCCUAAAGUGGAACGCGGACAUCAACCAGCGAAACCAGAGCGGCCAGACUCCCUUCAUGGUGGCUGUGGGCCACGGAGAUGAGACCAUGGCAAAACACCUCAUUCGCAUGAUGGCAAAUCCAAGAGAACGGGACCGGCGCGGCGUCCCGCCUUUGCUCAUUGCCCUCGAAGAGCGCCACCUUUCGACAGCCACCUGGCUCCUGGACACCGGCCUCGCCCUCGAUGACCAGGUCUGCAGGAACUCCGUGCGAAGCUCGGAAAAGUACUUGUACUACUCGGCCCUGGACUGGGUCGUCAGCGAAAGGGUUAUGCCAGCAUUCCGCCGAAUGUGCAAAGCAAACCCUGGGCUGAAUGGGCCCAUGCUCGACCACACCUCUUCCACAGUGCAGGAGUACCUGAAAGAGUGGCGCAUGGCCGACCAGCUUUUGACGGAGUCCGGUCGGAAUCCUGCCACCACCCCCUGCGCCACCCAUUGCUCCUUCUCUUUCCACUUCUGGUUGCAUAAUUUCUUUCUCCUCCGGGACCACCUCCGCAGAGACAUCGGCAGCGGCGGCAUCUACCAGUAUGUUCCGUCCGAGGAGGGUCCUUCGACUUGCAAGUUCAAGAGCCGCCUCUCAAAGCGCGAGUACGCGGCUUCCUUUGGUGGCAGGCACUUGCAGCACAGGAAGCCUGCCCGCCAGUCGACCCGCAGGGCAUAG